GCGGGGGCGUGGCUCGGAGGCCAAUGUUCCGAAUUCAGGCGGCCGGGACAGCUAGGCUCCUGAGUGCGGGGGCCGGCGGCGGCCUGGAAACGCGCGCGGUUGUAUCAUUUUUCUUGAAGACAUUCCAUUGGUCUUUUCUUUACCACCAAGUUCUUUGGAAUCGAGUUAUGUCAACAGCUGCUCUACUUACUUUAGUUAGAAGUGGAGGGUACCAGGUGAGAAGGAGAGCUCUGUUGACAUCACGCCUACUGCACGAUGACAAAAGAGUGACCUCCACCUGUCACAGCUCCACCUCUGAGCGAAGAUCUUCUAGAUUUGAUUCGGACGGCAGUGGGCGUCCGGCUACAUGGGACACUUUUGGGAUCUGGGAUAACCGCAUUGAUGAGCCAAUUCUCCUCCCACCAAGCAUUAAGUAUGGAAAGCCAAUUCCCAAAAUUAGCCUGGAAAAUGUGGGCUGCUCCUCCCAGAUUGGAAAGCGGAAAGAGAAUGAGGACCGGUUUGACUUUUCGCAGCUGACAGAUGAAGUCCUGUACUUUGCAGUGUAUGAUGGGCACGGUGGAUCUGCAGCUGCUGACUUCUGUCACACACACAUGGAAAAAUAUAUUAUGGAUUUCCUUACCAAGGACAAGAACUUGGAAACUGUGUUGACCAGUGCUUUCCUAGAAAUAGACAAAGCAUUUACAAGGCAAGCACACUUAUCUGCUGAUGGCGCUUUGCUGAUCUCUGGGACCACUGCAACAGUAGCCCUGUUGCGAGAUGGUAUUGAGCUGGUCAUAGCUAGUGUUGGGGAUAGCCGUGCUCUCUUAUGUAGAAAAGGAAAGCCAAUAAAGCUGACCACAGAUCACACUCCAGAGAGAAAAGAUGAAAAAGAAAGGAUCAAGAAAAGUGGUGGCUUUGUAGCUUGGAACAGUUUGGGACAGCCUCAUGUGAAUGGCAGGCUUGCAAUGACAAGGAGCAUUGGAGAUUUGGAUCUCAAAAACAGUGGUGUGAUAGCAGAACCUGAAACCAGAAGGAUUAAGCUGCAGCAUGCGGAUGAUAGCUUCCUGGUCCUCACUACAGAUGGAAUUAACUUCAUGGUAAAUAGUCAGGAGAUCUGUGACUUUGUCAAUCAGUGCCAUGAUCCCAAUGAAGCAGCUCAUGUUGUAACUGAACAGGCUAUACAGUAUGGUACUGAAGAUAAUAGCACCGCAGUAGUAGUGCCUUUUGGUGCCUGGGGAAAAUACAAAAACUCAGAUGUCAGCUUCUCAUUCAGCAGAAGUUUUGCCUCAAGUGGACGCUGGGCUUGAUAGCUUGUGUCAGAUGUUUCUCUGUGAUUGAUGUCUGCUGAGCGUUAUAGGAAACUGAACUAGAUUGAAAAAAAAAAAAGGACUGUUACCAGAAUCAUCUUGUGACUUAAUAAAUUUAUUGUCCAUUUCCAUGUAUUGUUCAUAAGUAUGGUGUUUAUCAUCUGUAAGCUCUAACUCAACUUGUUUGGUAUAACAGUAAGGGUAAUCAGACUUCUGUGAAUCCAUGUGUACAAUGAUAAGAGGACCUCAUUUAAAAACAAAACAAAACAAGAAAGGGUUUGAUCUAAUUGUGUUAACCAUUUUAUUUAUUUUUCGGACAACUAGGCAGCUCUUGGUUUCCAAUGAUGAUUUUUUUCUGCACAAGGUGAAACCUAACUGUAUCAUGUUUCUUUGUUCAUUUGGAUGGGUUCUUGGUUUUUGGGGGGUGCGUAUGUGUGUGUGUAUAUGUAUGUGUGUGUGUUUUAACAAAUAAACAAUGUUAUAUAUA